ACCACAGAGAGCCUCUUGGCUUCUUCGGAGAGGAAUGAAUCAGAGAUUUCUCCUUCCACUUUGUACGCCAUCGCUUGUAUUCUUGAAAAUGUUCCCUUCAUCAAUGGAAGCCCACAAAACACCUUUGUUCCAGGGUUGAUUGAUUUGGCUCUUCAGAGGAACUGUCUGAUUGGAGGAGAUGACUUUAAAAGUGCCCAAACCAAGAUGAAAUCUGUCCUAGUGGAUUUCCUUGUAGGGGCUGGUAUCAAGCCAACAUCAAUAGUUAGCUACAACCAUCUGGGAAACAACGAUGGCAUGAAUCUGUCUACUCCUCAAACCUUUCGUUCCAAGGAGAUCUCGAAAAGCAAUGUCGUCGAUGACAUGGUCUCGAGCAAUGAAAUCCUCUAUGAGCCUGGAGAACAUCCUGAUCAUGUUGUGGUCAUCAAGUAUGUCCCAUAUGUGGGAGAUAGCAAGAGGGCCAUGGAUGAGUACACAUCAGAGAUAUUCAUGGGAGGCAAAAACACCAUUGUGUUGCACAACACCUGCAAGGACUCCCUGUUGGCUGCUCCAAUCAUCAUAGAUUUGGUUCUCCUUGCCGAACUCAGCACCAGGAUCCAGCUCAAGGCCGAGGGAGAGGGCAAGUUUCACUCUUUCCAUCCUGUGGCUACUAUCCUUAGUUACCUCACCAAGGCCCCUUUUGUUCCACCAGGCACACCAGUGGUGAACGCACUGUCGAAGCAGCGUGCAAUGCUAGAGAACAUACUGAGGGCUUGCAUUGGCUUGGCUCCUGAAAACAACAUGAUUUUGGAAUAUAAGUAAACCAAGUUGAGAGAAAAGUGGAACAAGCUUUUGUUCAUACAAGUUUAGGACCAUCUUCCCUUUCUCUUUCCUAUUCAUAAAAAACUGUUGUUUUAUGUUUAUCACAGAUUGUAAUGGUUGUAUGAUGGUUUAUGGUUCGUAAA